ACUGUGUUUUGGACUACAUUUCCCAUAAUUCCGUCGUUUCUCCCAUAAUGCUUCACAAACAUUCCCGUUCUCGUCGAUCGCGUGUCGUCCGCAGCCGCCGUCGUUGUUCAUUCAAAGAAGUGCAACAUGGCAUCCGAUGGCCCACCGGGCACUGAAUCUCUACCGUCCGAUUUAGGGUCUGCCAUUGUAGCUUUGAACACAUGGAGCCACCCGGAGUUGCAAGCCAAACUGGGGGAGCUGGGAGCACCAAACAUGGGUCCAAGAGAGGAGCUGAUCGAUAGGCUCAAGGGAUACAUGAUCCAGACGGGGGUUCUCCUCAGCAAACCCAACGAUGAUAAAUCCAUGGGCCCUCAGAUGCAGGGGCUCCCGCCAAUGCCCCCCAUGCCCAUGCCGCCCCUGCCCCCGGGCAUGGGCAUGCUGCAGGCCAUGAGCAUGAUGUCCGGGGGUCCGCCGCCACCCGGCAUGCGCAUGCCCCCGGGCCUCUCCCAGGAGGAGCAGCUGAAGAUGGCCCAGCAGCGGGCCGCCAUGAUGAUCCAGCAGGAGGAGAGGGCCAAGCACCAGGGGGACCCCCGCAUCAUGGAGGAGCAGGAGCUUCUGGAGCAGCAGAAGAGGGCUGCGGUGCUGCUGGAGCAUGAGAGGCAGCAGCAGAUGGCCAAGAUACACUCUGGCCCCGGAGGGCCGGACAUGGGCCCCAGGCCACCCAUGAUGUCCUCCAUGUCUCCAGGCAACCCCAUGAGAGGUAUGGACCCUCGUGGGCCCCUCCCCCCAGGGGUGAGCAUGAUGCCCACCCAGAGACAGAGGGUCCCCCCCCCUCCCGGAGAGGACGGCAGAGAGAGCUGGCAGGGGGAGGAGUCGAGCGUGGCCGGGCCCAAGAUCCCCCAGGCGCUGGAGAAGAUCCUGCAGCUGAAGGAGAUGCGACAGGGCCAGCUCACCGACCCCACAGAGGAGGAAGAGGAGGAUGACGAGGGAGCCGACACUGAGAUGACGGGCUCCUCCGCCCUGGGCAUGUCGGAGACGGACGAAGACGACGGACAGCUGUCAAAGAAAGACAAAAACCGCAAGCGCAGGAACCGCAAGAAGAAGAACAAGAAGAAGCGUGCGCAGGAGAAGCGGGAGCUGCAGGGCCAGGAGAAGCCCGAGGCGGACGGAGACAAGGACGGGGAGGACAAGGACAAGGAGAAGGAGGACGAGGUGGAGAUCGAGUACGUGACGGAGGAACCGCAGAUCUACGACCCCAACUUCAUCUUCUUCAAGAGGAUCUUCGAGGCGUUCAAACUGACGGACGACGUGAAGAAAGAGAAGGAGAAGGAGCCGGAAAAGACGGACCAGCCCCUGGCCAACCUGCUGAAGAAGAAGGGCUUCGAGGAGGAGAAGAAGGACAGCGAUGACAGCGACGACGACAUGAGGCCCGACGUGUCCAAGCUCUCCAAGAAGAAGAUGAGGAGGAUGAACAGACUGACGGUGGCCGAGCUCAAACAGCUGGUGGCACGCCCCGACGUGGUGGAGAUGCACGACGUGACGGCUCAAGAGCCCAAGCUGCUGGUGCACCUUAAGGCCACGCGCAACACGGUGCCGGUGCCGCGCCACUGGUGCUUCAAGAGGAAGUACCUGCAGGGCAAGAGGGGCAUAGAGAAGCCCCCCUUCGAGCUGCCCGAGUUCAUCAAGCGCACCGGCAUCCAGGAGAUGAGGGAGGCGCUGCAGGAGAAGGAAGAUGCCAAGACCAUGAAGACCAAGAUGAGGGAGAAGGUGCGUCCCAAGAUGGGCAAGAUUGACAUCGACUACCAGAAGCUCCACGAUGCCUUCUUCAAGUGGCAGAUGAAGCCCAAGCUCACCAUCCACGGGGACCUUUACUACGAGGGGAAAGAGUUUGAGACCCGUCUCAAGGAGAAGAAGCCAGGAGAUUUGUCCGAUGAGUUGCGCAUCGCUCUGGGAAUGCCCGUCGGACCAAACUCCCACAAGGUGCCCCCACCCUGGCUCAUCGCCAUGCAGCGCUACGGACCACCGCCCUCGUACCCCAACCUUAAGAUCCCCGGCCUCAACGCCCCCAUCCCAGAGAACUGUACGUUUGGCUACCAUGCCGGCGGCUGGGGGAAGCCGCCCGUGGACGAGAUGGGCAAGCCCCUGUACGGAGACGUGUUUGGCACCAACGCUGGAGACUUCCAGGCCAAGGCCGAGGAGGAGGAGGUGGACCGCACCCCCUGGGGGGAGCUGGAGCCCUCGGACGAGGAGUCCUCCGAAGAGGAGGAAGAGGAGGAGAGCGACGAGGAGAAGCCAGACGAAACCGGCUUCUUUACCCCAGCGGACAGCGGGCUGAUCACCCCAGGAGGCCUGUCGUCCGUCCCUGCCGGCAUGGAGACGCCCGAGCUGAUUGAGCUGAGGAAGAAGAAGAUCGAGGAGGCCAUGGACGGCAACGAGACGCCCCAGCUGUUCACCGUGCUCCCAGAGAGGCGGACGGGCGCUGUGGGGGCGGCCAUGAUGGCAUCCACGCACAUAUACGACAUCUCGGCGGCCAUGGCAGCGCGUAAGGCAGGGGGCGGUGGGGGCGGCGGGCAGGAGUCCCAGGGCGUGGAGGUAGCCCUGGCGCCUGAGGAGCUGGAGCUGGACCCCAUGGCCAUGACCCAGAAGUACGAGGAGCACGUGCGGGAGCAGCAGGCGCAGGUGGAGAAGGAGGACUUCAGCGACAUGGUGGCCGAGCACGCCGCCAAGCAGAAGCAAAAGAAACGCAAGGCGCAGCCCCAGGACAACCGGGGAGGGGCCAAGAAAUACAAGGAGUUCAAGUUCUAGCCGAGGGAGGGGAUUCGGAGCUAGCGUUUUAACUGCAGGUCAACCCUGACACACAAGCCACGAAGACGUCUUUUUCUGUUUGUGGUUUUUUAAUUUUUCCAAACAUACUUGUGCACAUAUCCUCGUUGAUUCUGUGCAAUCGCUGCCAGCUUCGUCAUGCGUGUUCAAGUUUGGCUGGGUGAAAUGUCUUUGUUUUCUAUUGUAGUUUUGCUUUUCAUUUUUUUGUAAAUAAAUAAGUCAAAGUCC